GUGCUUAAAGUCUAGCGCAACAAUAAAAUCGCAAUAAAAUAAAAAUUAAAUAAGUGUUGUGGUAUACAAAUGUUGCAUCUAACCCUGCUGUUGCGUGAUGCCUAGUUUACCAAUUUGCAGACCAGGAUAGCUAGAUUUACCUUAUCUUGAUUGCAGACAGCAUUUGCUUUUGAAUUUAAUCAAUCCGAUCGAUAUCCCGCACAUACAUUCAUUUCUUUUUCGAUACAUUAUACCUACUUAUUUCUAAGGUAGCGUAGGAAAAGUCACCGCUUGGUUUUUUAUUGCAAUAAAGAGAUCGUGGGCUUGUUUAAUGAUUAAUCGAAUUUAUCCAAUUAAUCUUUGGAAUUAUAAAAAAAAAAAAUUAUAAAUAAAACAUUUUAAUAUACUUUAUAUUACGUAGUUUGUCUCCUAAAAAAAGAAACAGAAAUUGUGACCUGACCAAAACCCUCUAUACUUUCCUUAUCAAAUGAUAAUAAACAAUUGUGACGAGAAACGCAAGUAGUAAAUAUAUGUACGCUAGAUUGUCUUACUGAGCUAUCAGUCCAGAUACCUGGCCCAAGUGCUAGAAGGAAGACGUUUGCCGAAAGUAUUCAUUUUAAUUCCAGCUUGAAAUCUAUAGAUUAGAAAUGUCUGAGUCGGGCAAAUCAUACGAUGUGGUUGUUUUUGGUUCGUGCAUAGUUGAUUUUAUAAGCUAUGUUCCAAGACUACCGAAAGUUGGGGAAACCCUUCACGGGACACGUUUUGCGACCGGUUUCGGAGGAAAAGGGGCAAACCAGUGUGUUGCUGCGGCCCGAUUAGGCAGCCGCACUGCCAUGAUCGGCAAACUGGGGAACGAUUCGUGGGGCCAUGAUUAUUUGAAAGGACUUCAGCGCGAAGGUAUCGACGUUGACUAUGUCGAAGUGAUAGAUGGUCAAAGUACGGGAAUUGCACAGAUCAAUGUCUCUGAUCGUGGCGACAAUCAGAUAGUUAUUGUUGUGGGGGCCAACAAUCAAUUGCUGGAACAAGAUGUGGUUGCUUGCGAUAGCUUACUUCAGAAUUCAAAGAUCCUGAUUUGCCAAUUGGAAACUCCCAUGAAAGGCACCGUAGAGGCUUUAAAGCGAUUCAACGGAAUAUCAAUAAUGAAUGCAGCUCCAGGCACCGAAGACAUUUCGGUUGACCUGCUUAAGCACUCGACGAUAUUCUGCGUCAAUGAAACUGAAGCCGCUCUUAUCACCGGAAUGCAGGUGGAAACAGUUCUGCAAGCCAAAGCAGCUUUGCUGAAACUACGCGAUAUGGGGGCCAACAUCGUUAUCAUCACGCUCGGAGAAAAGGGUACUAUAUUCGCUCAGAAAGAUUCCACUAAGGUGAAGCAUGUCAAACCAUACAAAGUGGACAAAGUUGUGGAUACUACGGGAGCCGGAGAUGCUUUUAUCGGUGCGUUGGCGCAUUUUAUUGCUCGAUAUCCGUCGAUUGAGCUUACUGCUUGCGUAGCAGCAGCCAACAAAGUUGCAUCCAUUUCGGUUCAAAAACCGGGAACGCAAACCAGUUUUCCUCGAUUCAACGAGACAGACCUCUCGGAGCCUCUUACACAAGACGACGACCAAUGGAAGUAUAUUUAGAGACGUUCCACACAUUCUGAAGCUCAGCCAUAUCGGGUCCAUAGUGUUUUUUUUUUAAAUAAAACAAGGGUCACUAUUUGCAUUUUAUAAUUUUAUUGAUAACUGAAUAAAUUGUGUGUAUCAUUACAGUUGGUUACCAUCAUCAAAGAGUUCAAAGAUUAUU